UCAUUCAAAACGCAACGCUUCGAGUUCUUUCUAGGGUUUCACGCACGCGCACACUCUCUCAAUUUCUUGCUCCCUCCCUCUCUCUCUCAAUUUGGGACUUUGUGAAGCAGUUUGCAGUUAGGAAUGGAUGGUGAGGAGUUAACGGAGCAGGAGACCGCUCUCUACGACCGUCAGAUUAGGGUUUGGGGUGCUGAUGCCCAAAGAAGACUGAGCAAAGCUCAUAUUUUAGUAUGUGGAAUGAAAGGGACUGUUGCUGAGUUCUGCAAGAACAUUGUUCUAGCAGGAGUUAGUAGUUUGACAUUGGUGGAUGACCGGGUAGUGACAGAAGAAGCGCUUUCUGCAAACUUUUUGAUACCUCCUGAUGAGAAUGUGUAUGGUGGGAAAACAGUUGCCGAGCUUUGUUGUGACUCUUUGAAAGAUUUCAAUCCGAUGGUCCGUGUUUCGGUAGAAAAAGGUGAUGUGUCGAGCUUUGGUGGGGAGUUCCUUGCUAAAUAUGAUGUCAUGGUUGUCAGUUGUUGCUCCUUUGCGACAAAAAAAUUGAUCAGUGAGAAAUGCCGAAAGCUAUCAAAGCAUGUAGCAUUCUAUGCAGUCGACUGUAGAGACUCCUGUGGUGAAAUUUUUGUAGAUCUGAUACACCAUAGAUAUUCAAAAAGAAAACUUGAGGAGACCAUUGAAUGCCAACAGCAAUAUCCAAGUUUUGAGGAAGCAAUUUUAGUACCUUGGAGAUCACUUCCAAAGAAAGUGUCAAAGCUAUACUUCGCUAUGAGAGUGAUAGAAAGGUUUGAGGAGGCUGAGGGGCGUAGUCCUGGAGAAGUUUCAAUUGCGGAUCUUCCUGGUGUUCUGAAGCUGAAAAAGGAACUUUGUGAAGCAAAUUCACUGAGCGAAUCUCAUAUCCCUGAUGCACUUCUUGAAAGACUAGUAACGGGUACAAGAGAAUUCCCUCCAGUUUGUGCCGUCAUUGGAGGAAUUCUUGGACAGGAAGUUAUCAAAGCGAUCUCAGGCAAAGGGGAACCCCUCAAAAAUUUCUUCUUCUUUGAUGCUGUGGAUGGGAAAGGCAUAAUAGAGGACAUUUCAAGCCCCGAUAGUCGAAGCUAAGCACAGCCUUUCUGAGGGAAGCUUCUGAAGGAGAUGUAUGAUAAGAAAAAUCAGUCUACUUCUCUGAAGGAGAUUAGAGAAUUUGGUCACGGAAAUCUAGAAGAAACUGACCUCUUAUUGUUUAUAGAUUAUUGUUCCCAACACUGAUACUUAAAUUAAGACAACACUAGUUCGUUAGACAGAAUUCUGCAGUUCUUACUUGACUUGCAUUACUAAUGAAUCUCAAGUCUUUACACUU